AUGGAAACAAUUCCAUCGGGUCCAGUUCGAUCGUCCGAAGAGAAUCGCUGUGAAGAGCUGUACGCUGCAACGACGACGCGCGAUGCGACAGGAAGGUACAUCGUUCGCCUCCCGAGGACCGAAGAUCCUGAAAAGGUUCUGGGAGAAUCCAGAUCAAUCGCGGAUCGACGCUUUCUGAGCCUGGAACGUCGCCUUGGAAGAGAUCCUGCAACUAAGGACUCAUACGAUCGGUUCAUGGACGAAUAUCUGCACCUUGGCCACAUGAAGAAGGUGUCAGAGCCUGAUGAUCGUAUCCCACACUGCUACAUUCCCCACCACGUCGUAUUCAAGGAAUCGAGCACGAUCACGAAGGUCAGGGUAGUCUUCGACGCGUCAUGCAAGACCUCGUCCGGCUACUCCUUGAACGACACGCUCCUGGUUGGACCGGUUGUCCAGCAGGACCUCUACUCCAUCUACUUGAGGUUCCGGACGCGAAUCAUCGCUGUCGUAGCAGACGUGGAGAAGAUGUACCGGCAAGUGUUGCACCACCCCGAGGAUCGAUCAUUCCUCCGAAUUCGCCAUCGCACCAGUCCAUCCGAUCCCAUCGAGACGUACGAGCUGCAAACCGUCACCUACGGCACCGCAAGCGCACCAUAUCUUGCAACGAAAACUCUCCAGCAGAUCGCCAAGGAUCAAGCGGAACUGUAUCCCGCUGCCGUCGAACCUGUCGUCGAAGAUUUCUACGUUGACGAUUUUCUGUCUGGCGCACCGGACGUGGAAUCUGCUGUAGUUCUCCGACAGCAAGUCACCGCUAUGCUCGGAUCCGCUGGAUUCACCUUGAAGAAAUGGGCGUCGGUCUGCUGUGGGAUCCGAAGGCCGACAACCUUCGAUUCAAAGUAG